AUGCCUCGGAAUAGGGCAUUCUCUGAGCCUGAAUACUCAGUAGAGUAUUCUGCAGACUAUUCAGUCAGCUUGCCUUCUGACCCGGAGCAUGGGGUCGGCCGGACCCAUGAGGUGACGGUGAGGAACUCAGGUUCUUGCCUCUGUCUGCCCCGUUUUAUGCGACUCACGUUCGCCCCUGAGUCCUUGGAGAACCUCUACCAGACCUACUUCCGGAGGCAGCGUCAUGAGACUUUGCUGGUCCUGGUGGUCUUUGCAGCCCUCUUUGAUUGCUACGUUAUCAUCAUGUGCACAGUGGUGUACACUUCAGAGAAGCUGGCACCUACUGUGGCAGCGUCAGUGGGCCUGGCUGCCCAGAUCCUCCUCUUUAUCCUAUGCAAGUAUGAACUCCUGCCUGAUCGUGUCACCCGGAAAUUCAUGCCAUACAUUCUGUGGAUACUGAUAGCUGCUCAGAUAUUCUGCUACUUGGGCUUGAAUUUUGCCUGCUACCACGAGGCCAGUGACACAGUUGGAUGGCAGGCCUUUUUUGUCUUCUCCUUCUUCCUCACCCUCCCCUUGCAUCUGAUGCCCAUUGUCCUUAUCUCAGCCAUUUCUUGUGGCAUCCACACGCUUGUGUUAGGAGUCACCAUUGCACAGCAGAAGCAGCAACAGCUGGAGUCCAUCUAUGGAAUCGUCUUGCUGUGGCAGAUCUUAUCCAAUGUUGCUGUCUAUCUGUGCACUAUCUGUGUGGGUAUCAUGUCUUACUACAUGGCAGACCGCAAGCACCGCAAAGCCUUCCUAGAAGCUCGGCAAUCUCUGGAGGUCAAGCUCAACCUUGAGGAACAAAGUCAGCAGCAGGAACGGUUGAUGCUUUCAAUUUUGCCCAGACAUGUAGCGGAUGAAAUGCUGAAGGAUAUGAAGAAAGAUGCAAGCCAAAAAGAAAUGCAACAGUUCAAUACCAUGUAUAUGUAUCGCCAUGAAAAUGUCAGCAUCCUUUUUGCUGACAUCGUAGGUUUUACGCAGCUGUCAUCCGCAUGCAGUGCCCAAGAAUUGGUGAAACUUUUGAACGAACUCUUUGCUCGAUUUGAUAAACUAGCAGCUAGAUACCAUCAACUGCGUAUCAAGAUUCUAGGUGACUGCUACUACUGCAUCUGUGGAUUGCCAGACUAUCGUGAGGACCAUGCUGUUUGCUCAAUCAUGAUGGGUCUUGCUAUGGUGGAAGCUAUUUCCUAUGUAAGAGAGAAGACCAAAACAGAUGUGGACAUGCGUGUGGGGGUGCACAGUGGUGCUGUCCUUGGUGGAGUCCUAGGGCAGAAACGUUGGCAGUAUGACGUAUGGUCCACAGAUGUAACUGUAGCUAACAAGAUGGAAGCAGGCGGCAUCCCUGGGCGUGUACACAUUUCUCAGAGCACCAUGAACUGCUUAAAAGGUGAAUUUGAAGUGGAACCAGGAGAUGGUGGGUCACGGUGUGAAUACCUAAAGGAAAAGGGGAUCACCACCUACCUCAUAGUAGUACCGAAGCAGCCACUCAAGAAUGGGAUCAAUGGGGUGAAGUUAUCUGUCUCAUCCUCUCAUGGGAACUCACCUCAAUUGAUCAACACCAAAGAAUGCAAUGGGAGCAUUAAUACAACCUGCACAACUCCAGAUGAGGCAGAAGAAUCGGAUACUAGGGUAGUGAAUCCUUCCUUUCCCAACCCUCGAAGGCGUCUUCGCUUACGUGACUUGGCCGAGAGAGUGGUGGAUGCCUCAGAAAACGAGCAGGAACUCAAUAAGUUGCUUAAUGAGGCCUUGCUGGAGAGGGAAUCUGUGCAGGCGCUAAAAGGCAGGUCCACCUAUCGCCUAUCCAUGCGUUUCAUUGAUCCUGAGAUGGAGACACGUUACUCUGUGGAAAAGGAGAAGCAGAGCGGGGCUGCCUUCAGCUGUUCAUGUGUGGUCCUGUUCUUUACUGCUAUGGUGGAGAUCUUCAUUGAUCCACGGCUGCUAGCAAAUUAUGUGACAUUUGUUGUUGGCGAAAUCCUUCUACUCAUCUUGACUCUCUGUUCACUUGCUGCCAUCUUUCCCAGGGUUUUCCCUAAAAAGCUCGUGUCUUUUUCCACAUGGAUUGACAGAACUCGUUGGGCCAGGAACACCUGGGCUAUGUCUGCCAUUUUCAUCCUAACCAUGGCUGACAUUGUAGAUAUGCUCAGCUGCCAGCAGUAUUACACUAUUGUCAAUAAUACAGUUCCAGCAGUGCUUCCAGGUGGUUGUGUAGAGAAUCCCAAAUACUACAGCUACAUAGCAGUGUUGGCACUCAUUGCAACAAUAAUGCUGGUGCAAGUCAGCCACAUGGUCAAGCUCACUCUGAUGUUGAUGAUCACAGGGGCAGUGGGAGUGGUCAACAUUCUGGCCUGGCAACAGAUCUUUGACAGAUAUGAUCAGGAGCGAUUCCAGGAGAACAUGUAAGAAAUUUCAAGGUCGAAAAUGUCAUGGGAGCGUGUUUAGGGUAAUAUUGGGCUUAGGUCAUAUCUGAAGUGAAAAGAGGCUAAUAAUAACUUGUUCACUAUUUUGUUACUUUUGGUAUGCAUUGCUCUUUUAAAUUAUUUAAUUAAUUUUAAUGUAGAAAAGUUGGCUAGGAUUUUAUUCUUAUGGAAAAUUGAUGUUCAUAGCCAGAAGGAGCGUGUGUACGAGAUGCGGCGCUGGAAUGAAGCUCUUGUCACCAACAUGCUGCCAGAUCACGUGGCACGCCAUUUUCUUGGCUCUAAGAAACGAGAUGAGGAGCUGUAUAGUCAGUCUUACGAUGAAAUUGGUGUUAUGUUUGCCUCUAUCCCCAACUUUGCCGACUUCUACACAGAGGAAAGUAUAAAUAAUGGUGGGAUUGAGUGCCUUCGCUUCCUCAAUGAAAUAAUCUCAGAUUUUGAUGCGCUCCUGGAUGAUCCCCAGUUCCGAUGCAUCACUAAAAUCAAAACCAUUGGCAGUACAUACAUGGCAGCUUCUGGUGUGACACCCGAUGUCAACAUCAAUGGUUACAACACUGUUAAGAAGGAAGAUCUUUCAGAAAAGGAGCGCUGGCAACAUUUGGCAGAUCUUGCAGACUUUGCCUUAGCCAUGAAAGAGACCUUGAUGAACAUUAACUAUCAGUCCUUCAAUAACUUCAUGCUGCGAAUAGGCAUGAAUAAAGGAGCAGUGCUAGCAGGGGUGAUUGGUGCCCGUAAACCUCACUAUGAUAUUUGGGGGAACACUGUGAAUGUGGCAAGCCGGAUGGAGUCCACAGGUGUCAUGGGAAAUAUACAGGUGGUGGAAGAAACUCACUUUAUCUUGAAAGAGUAUGGCUUCCGCUUUGUGCGUCGAGGGCACAUUUACGUCAAAGGCAAAGGUGACUUGCUGACCUAUUUUAUGAAAGGACGUGAAAAGCAAGGUUCCUUUAUCAAUGGUUCAUGUGUGACUUUGCCUCAUCAGGUGGUUGACAGUUCUUGAACUUCUCACACUCUACAUGCAAAUAGCAGAAAAAAGCAGGUACCCUCUGUAAUGCCCAAAGACAAAACUGCUUUCAGCACCUGCUGCUCUGGAUGGGAGAUUGGUAUAUACACCAUUAAUAGAUUUACAGGAAAUCACCCCUUUGCUUGUUCCUUUCUUCUUGAACAUUUAUUAUUUGUAAAGGGGCUCCCUUGCCAUCAGUUUGCAUUUGUCUGUUGAUAUAGAAAGGGCAGUAGAAAGGAGAUUUCGAUAGGAAGAAUCCUGCCUUUUGCACAAAUACGUGGCUUCUUGCACAUUCAGGCCUGGAGGUAAUAGAAUUCUCACUGCAGCCUUGCUUGGUUAGAUCACUCUGCAUUAUCUUUUUAGUUCAAAUGUGCAGUGGUUUUAAUUUUCCAUUGAUCCAAGCUCUGUAGACUUCUUUGUAAAAACAAAUGCAAGCUCCGAAUGGGUAUCACAAAUGGGCAGACAAACUAGGAAAACUGCAUAAAGUUCACACUUGGUUCAAAUGGAGUUAAUAAUUGCCUCAAAACAGGCAAAUAGCAGAAAGGAAAAAGAACACGCAAAAUCUUUUUCAUUGUAACAAGAUGCUCUAUUUUGGAGGGGAAAAGGGAAAGAGAUCAUUCAUGUAGAUGAAUGGUAAUAUAUAUAUAUAUAUAUAUAUAUGAUAAUAUAUAUGAGAACAGAUACCUUUAUAUUUUUAAUGCAUCUUAAUUGUGAAAGUAAGGUGCCUCUUUCAGGCUGUGCCUUGCGUCCCUUUCUGCCCUCAACUUUGCUGAUGCUUUAAAAGGAAGAGAUUUAUACAGCCUGAACCAAGGCUGUUUUAUUAAAAGCCUUCAUCUGAUUGUUAUGUUGAAAUAAAAAUUAUGUAAUUUGUUUAGUUUCUCAAAUAGAUUCAG